UGACGAAAUUUCCCGGAUGACACCCCGCCAUAUUUGUUUAUGAACCACUUAGCUUCCUGGACAAGACGGCUGAAAUAGUAUCCAUGGUGGGUUUUUAUUAACAUAGAUCGUCAAGAAAGCCUCCAAAAUGGCAAGUGAUUUUGAUCCAGAGGACAAAUACAGUUGGUAUUUUGGGACCCUUUCCCGGGAGGAGACCAAUGAGAUUUUAAAUCCGACAGAUCCCGGGGUAUUUUUGGUCCGUGAUAGUCAGUCUAUAAAAGGAGACUUUGUUCUCUGUGUCAAAGAGGAAAACAAAAUCAGUCACUACAUCAUAAACAGAAUCCAUGUGGGGACGGGGACGAGAUUCCGGAUCGGAGAUCAGGAGUUCUCAGACAUUGCUAGUCUCCUUAGCUUUUACAAAACACAUUACUUAGAUACCACAUCACUAAUUAAGCCUGCACCCAGGGACAAGGUUGUUGCCAAAUUUGAUUUUCCAGGAAGGGACCCUGAGGAUCUGCCGUUCAGGAAGAGUGAGGUGUUAGAUGUCAUCUCUAAGGAUGAAAAAGACUGGUGGACCUGUAGAAACAGCAGAGGAAAUGUGGGUCAGGUUCCCGUCCCCUACGUCUCAAAGUUUGACCCAAACAGUCCCCCAGUGGUUACGACCCCUGCUGCACCCGCUCAGUCACCCCCAUCACCCACGCCAACCCAGCCAAUCAAAGAGAUUCAGCUUCCAGCAAAAGCUGUGGUCAUCCACCAAAGGAUACCGAGUGCCUACGAUCGCACUCAGCUUAAACUAGAGAAAGGUGAAACUAUUAUUGUGACAAAAAUGAAUUCAAAUGGACUCUGGGAAGGCGAAGUGAAUGGAAAAAAAGGAAUGUUUCCGUUUACCCAUGUGAAAUUUUUAGAUGACAUUUCUGAGGAUGGGACAUAACAGGAUGCUCGUUAAUGUUAACAAAUUACUGUCUAUUAAUAGUGCUGAUGUAACAAUAAGGAGUCUGGGAAUCGUCUUCCCUGGUGGUGCUGCAUUACUAAUCUGAUACCAAAAACCAGAAACUGAGAGUCAGUAGGCUUGUCAAAUUGUUUUCUGUCAAUAAGCUUGUCCAGAGAGUGUAUAAAAUGAUUGUAACCCACAUCUCUGUGUCAAAAGUAGGGAUCAAAUCUUUAUUAUGCUUCAUGAAAUCAUUAGAUUUACACAAGUAUUAAAAAAAUUGGCUAAAAAUUGAAAUUUAUGAAGUUUUUUAAGAAUUCAUUCAGAGGUACAUGUAUAUCAAUAUGUUGUGACAUUAAGAAUGGGUCACAAAAUAAGUGUUAUAAAUAUGGCUAAACAAUCUAUUUAAUGAUAUGGCAUGUACAUGUAUGUAUUUGUAUUUGUUAAAUCAUAUCAGUAUUACAAUGUUAACCAGUAGGUUAGAUAAUAUGUACAUGUAUGUGUAGGAUGUAUGUGUUAAUUUACUAGCCAAAAAUAUACAUUAAGUGAACAGUCAACAUGCAUUCUUUGUAAAUUAUCGCCCUCUUCCGACUCUACAACGAAGGAAUACAGUUCAUAUCUUGAAUUCAUUCAGAUUUGUGUUGAAAAUUUGAAGAAAUGCUACAAGCUUUACUCAUCUGCAGUCUGCCAACAGGCCUAUGAAGGUUAAACUCCUUGUGGGAAUAUAUUCAAAAGUUGCUGAAAUGUUUGCUUUCAGUUGUGACUUCAUAUGUGUAUACUAAGUUUUAGUGCAUGCAUUAAAUGUUGUAAAAAAAGGCCACCUUUUCAGGAAAUUACACAAAACUUCUUUUUGAUACUUGGUUUGAAAUGUAACAUUUUGAUAUAAUUUCUUUACCUUAUUGUUGAAUUACUAUCAAAGCUGGUCCUUUUUUUAUCAAUUUGAUAUGCCUACAGUUAUUUUUGGUGUGAAACAGCUUCAGAGAUUAAAUGAGGCUCCUGAAAAUAUGAUAAAUGAGAGUCUAAAAUAAUAGUAAAUUAACAGUUGGGCUUUUUUCCCUUACUUAGGUGUAAUAUGUUAUACAUCAUAUUAUUUAAAGUGAUUCAUAUAGAUGAAAUAAGUGUUCUGAUGUCUAGCUGUACACUUCUAAAAGUUGUGUAGUGCGAUGUCUAGUGAUGUAUGUGAUAAGGCCAAAUAAAAAAAUAUGUGUGGUUCCGGUUACCCGACCGUCCCUAUUUUAUACCCCUGACCCUAAACUUUUUUUGGCAAUUUUCAUAUUUUUUCCGGAAUUUUCCCCAAUUUCCAUCAAUGGCUCUGGUUUAAGUUUUAGUUUCAGCUAUGACGGCCCCCUUGCACAACAUAGUGCAAGUGUUUUAGUGUUAAAUCCGAAGCAAGCUAGCAUGUAGGUGUCCCCUACCAAUAUUGACUAGUAUAUUAUCACACCACAUCUAAAUGUCAUUUGCAAAGUAUUUAGAAAAAUUAAGAAAAUCAUUUUUUUAAAAAAAAAAAAAAUCCCUACCUACCUACCCUAAUUUUUUUGGAGGUGUAACCGGAACCACACAUAUUUUUUUGUUUGGCCUAAUUAGAGUACUUGGUACAUAUGUAGGAAGAUUGAAUGUCUAUCAUCCAUGUAUUAAGUUAUACAAUUUAUUUCUGUGGCUGUUAAUGCAUUAACAUUUUACAUGCAUUUGGACCAAUUCUUCAGAGGUCAUAAUUUUUCAUAUAUUUGUAUAAUAUUUUCACAUGUCUGUAAAAAAUCGCCAGAGACUUCCUACAAGUGCUAAAAGAAAUGAUGUAUUGAUUACAUGCAUUUUCAUUAGAACUAAUGUUACCUCAAAUUAUGCUUAUAAACUCAAGUUCAUUCAGGAUAAAAUAACCAGAGUUAAGGAAAACAGAUAUAGAUGAUGUAGAUCAGUAAUUCAUUGCUAUGAAGUGGACUUGAAAUUACGGUCAAAAGAGAUUUAUAACGACACUGAGAAAUUGAUCAUUUUAAAAAAUAAUAAAUUUUGGGUUUUUUUUUUUAAAUGAUAAAGUGUAACUAAUUGAUGAUAAACCAUAAAUGGCUGUUUUUUUUAUCAUGGUAUUAUGUGGAACAUGUGAAAAUUAAGCAUUAAAUUCAAUGUUGAAAGUUCCAGUUUUAUUAAAACUUUGUAUAAAUCUUAGAGUUUUCAAUAUGAGUUGUACUGCAUGCUUUAAUGAAAUUUUAUCAAAUAGAGAGUAACUAUGUAAGAUAAAACAAGCAAACAUUGUUCAUUACGGUGUAUCAGAAAUCAACUACAUGUACUAGUAUUAGAUUACAGUAUUCCUAGGUAAUGCUGUGGUUUAAACCUGUAUAAGAAAACAAUUUUUGCAUGGUUCAAUUCUCAGACUUAAUUAAUUUCUGAGGUCUGAUAAAUCUGUUUUUAUUCAGAGAAUGCUGUAACACAAUUGCUGAAAAACUACUUCUUGAAUAAAACUUCAUAUGCAUACCA